UCGGACGUUGGAGGAUACAGGCGUGGGGGUCGUCGUCCUCCUCCUCGUUGUCGUCGUCGUCGUCGCCUUCAGCUGGGAACCAGGACGCCGGAGUCCCCCGACCGCAGUCCAGCCAUGUCCACCGACCUCAGCGCCCUAUACGAGAGGUUCCUGACGCUGAACCUGAGCGGGAGCGAGGCGGAGGGCUUGGGGGCGGCCUCCCCGUCGACCCCCGUGGGGUGGGGUCCCCCGGGGCCCUGGUCCCCCGGGGCCCCCGGCGCCCCCGGCCCCCUGUCGACGCGCGCCCCGGGCCGCUCCAUCAGCCUGACGGAGGGCGGGUCCCCGGUGCCAACGCUGCCGCCGCCCCCGGGCUUCCCCCCGCUGGCGCGGGCCGCCCCGCCGCCCGCCGGCCCCCCGGCCCCGCCGGCCCCCAGCCGCUACAAGACGGAGCUGUGCCGCACCUUCGAGGAGAGCGGCCGCUGCAAAUACGGCGCCAAGUGCCAGUUCGCCCACGGCCCCGCCGAGCUGCGCCAGCUCAGCCGCCACCCCAAGUACAAGACGGAGCCGUGCCACAAGUUCUACCUGCACGGGCGCUGCCCCUACGGUGCCCGCUGCCACUUCAUCCACCACCCGGCCGAGGAGCGCCCAUCCCCGCCGACGCCGCCCGGGCCUCCGCCCGCCCUGCGCCACAGCCUCAGCUACUCGGGCCCGGUCCUUCUGAGGGCCUCCUCCCCGCCCGCCGCCUUCUCCUCCUCUUCCUUCUCCUCCUGUUCGACGUCCUCCUGCUCCUCCUCCUCCCCGCCGCCCUCCGGCCUUCCCGGCGGCGGGGGUCCCGUCCCCCGCGGGGCCACGGCCGGCGAGGCCUGCUGCGCCUGCCGUCGCGGGCCGGGGGCCUUCUCGCUGUUCCCCGUCGGGGGGCUGCCGAGGACCCCCUCGGCCCACUCGCUCUCCUCCGACCUGGAUUGCUACAGCAGCUCCGGGAGCCUCAGCGGCUCCGACUCGCCCGUCUUCGACCUGCCCGGGGGCGUCUCCCCCGCUCCCGCCCCCUCCCGACGCCUGCCCAUCUUCAACCGCCUGUCCGUGUCCGAGUGAGCCGGGUUGGGGGCGGGGGGGAAGGACCCCCCGGGCCCCGUCCAGAUGUGGCCUUCAUCCUCCUCCUCCUCCUCCCUGGCACACAAGGGGUGGACCCCCCACCCCUGGCAGGGAGCCGAGGUUGGGGGGCUGGGGAAGGGGGGGGGUAUUUCUUACUUUUUAAUAUGUAGCAGAUUAAAGGGGAAAGAUGAGGGGAGCACCCUCCCGACACCCCUUUUUUUAACCUUCAAUUUGUGCUGUGAAUAGAUCCAGGGACCCUCUAUGCCCCCUCCCCUCAUUUCCCCAGCCCCCCCCCCCCCAAAGGGGCUGUAAGGCCAAGGAGGUCCCACCCCCACUGGGGUGGGGGCUGUAAGGCCCAGGAGGUUCCCCCCCCCCUUUUGGGGUGGGAGCUGUAAGGCCCAGGAGGGCCCCCCCAAUUGGGGUGGGGGCUGUAAGGCCCAGGAGGGCCCCCCCAAUUGGGGUGGGGGCUGUAAGGCCCAGGAGGGCCCCCCCCCAAUUGGGGUGGGGGCUGUAAGGCCCAGGAGGGCCCCCCCCAAUUGGGGUGGGGGCUGUAAGGCCCAGGAGGGCCCCCUCCCAAUUGGGGUGGGGGCUGUAAGGCCCAGGAGGGCCCCCCCCCUUUUGGGGUGGGGGCCGUAAGGCCCAGGAGCCCCCACCCCACCGGGGUGGGGACUCCAACCAAAGUUGGGGGACGGAGGGGUCGUCUCUGGACCCGAGGGAGGGGGACAGCCGUCUCCCUGAUCCCAGCCCUGGUGCUGUGACCCCCCCCCCCCCAAAAAAAAAACCAGAUUCCCAUCUCCCCCUUUGUAGCCAAAGCUCCCUCCAGCCCCCUUCCCCUUAUUUAUGAAAACGUUAUUUAUUGGAAACAGAAUUUUAUAGCUAUUUAUCUUUAUGGUCGUCUGUCGGUUUGUUUUGUAAUAUUGGAAGAUGCUAUAAUAUAAUAAUAUAU